GCCGAGCGCGGCUUGAAGCGCAGGACAGGGGGGGCCCGGGUCGCCUUCCCGGGACAGCUCCGCGCUAGCUGUGAAGCGCCCGGCCCCAUCCCACCCCUGCGCUCUCUAUGUGAGGCUCCCGGAUGGCGAUAGACCGGCGACGCGAAGCGGCUGGCGGAGGCCGGCAGCUGCCGGAGGAGAACGGGUCCCUGCCGGCCGGGGAGGCGGGCUCGGCGGCGGCUGCAGCAGCGACGCUGGCGGUGGCUCCCCCCGCACCCGCGGAGAUCCAGACCCUGCCGCCGCCGCCCGCCGCCGGCUCCUCCAGCCCCCUGCUGCUGGACUACGAUGGCUCGGUGCUGCCUCUGCUCGGCGGGCUGGGCGGCGGGUACCAGAGGACCCUGGUGCUGCUCACUUGGAUCCCGGCCCUUUUCAUCGGCUUCAGCCAGUUCUCGGACUCCUUCCUGCUGGACCAGCCCGACUUCUGGUGCCGGGAGGCGGACGGGCAGGGCAACGGGACGGGCCACUUGACCCGGGGCCCCGCUAACCACAGCCAGAGCAGCGGCGCCGGGAUGCUGGGGACUCCGGCGCUGCCCACCCUGCCGCCGGGAGACAACGCCAGCCAGUGCCACUGCCACGAGUGGCAGUACCGGAUCCGGGCCGGCCUCGUCCAGAACGUCGUGAGCAAGUGGGAUCUUGUUUGUGAAUCUUCCUGGAAAGUCCAUAUUGCUAAAUUCUCCCUACUGGUAGGCUUAAUCUUUGGCUACUUGAUUACAGGAUGUAUAGCUGACUGGGUUGGUCGACGGCCAGUGCUACUCUUCUCGGUCAUAUUCAUUCUUAUAUUUGGACUGACUGUGGCUCUCUCAGUAAAUGUGACAAUGUUCAGCACGCUCAGGUUUUUUGAAGGGUUUUGCCUGGCUGGAAUAAUCCUCUCGCUGUAUGCACUGCGAAUAGAACUCUGUCCUCCUGGGCACCGCUUCAUGGUCACCAUGGUGGCAAGCUUCAUUGCAAUGGCAGGACAGUUCCUCAUGCCAGGGCUGGCUGCCCUCUGCAGGGACUGGCAGGUUCUCCAGGCGGUCAUCAUCUGCCCUUUCCUACUGAUGUUACUUUACUGGGUUAUUUUCCCGGAGUCCCUUCGGUGGCUGAUGGCUACACAACAAUUUGAGGCAUCCAAGAAACUUAUUCUUCACUUCACUAACAAGAACGAGAUGAACAUUGAAAGUGAUAUCAAAGGCGUGAUGCCCGAGCUGGAGAAGGAGCUUACCAGGAGGCCCAAGAAGGUCUGCAUUGUUAAAGUAGUGGGAACCAGGAACCUGUGGAAAAACAUUGUAGUAUUGUGUGUGAACUCGCUGACCGGAUUUGGGAUACAUCACUGCUUUGCAAAAAGCAUGAUGGGUCAUGAAGCGAAGAUGACGAUCACCCACAAUUUCUAUGCAGACUACUAUACCAUGGCAGGGAUUGCUCUGGCAUCCUGCCUGGCUAUGUGCCCCGUGGUUGGGUUUCUAGGGCGAAGAGGAGGACUGCUGCUGUUCAUGAUUCUGACAGCUCUGGCAUCGCUUCUACAGUUAGGCCUUCUCAACUUGAUUGGAAAAUACAGUCAGCUUCCAGACUCAGGUAUGAGUGACAGCGUCAAGGACAAAUUCUCUACAGCAUUUUCCAUUGUGGGUAUGUUUUCAUCGCAUGCUGGUGGAAGUCUUAGUGUGUUCUUCUGUGCUGAAAUCACACAACAUGUCAUCAAGGGAGGUGGACUUGGACUUGUCCUGGCCAGUGCAGGCUUUGGUAUGCUGACUGCACCUAUAAUGGAGCUUCAUAACCAGAAAGGCUACUUUCUGCACCAUGUGAUCUUUGCCUGCUGUACGCUCAUAUGCAUCAUCUGUAUUCUUCUCUUGCCGGAGAGUAAGAACCAAAACCUGCCUGAGAACAUCCCAGACGGCGAACACUAUACCAGGAAGCCCCUCCUGCCACACAAGAAAGGGGAGCAGCCCCUGCUUCUGACAAACUCUGAACUCAAGGAUUACUCUGGCCUCCACGAUUCAUCAGCUGUGGGCGACGGGGUGUCCGAGAAUACCACUGCCAAUGGGAUGUAACUGGGCAGAUUUGGGGGGGGGGGAGGGAGAAGGAGCACUUUGGGUGGGGUGUUUUGCACAGGUUUGCAGACCAGUGAUGGAACAGAUGGAUACAUGGGGGAAUUCAGCUCUGCUGCUAAAGCCACUUAUUGUAGGAAUCUUCAACUGGUAUACAAAUUACUUUUGAAAAGUUAUGGGGGAAAUAACAAAUAUGAGAAAAGAAGUGGCCAGAGAUAACCCUUCCAAACUUUCUUUUCCUGGAAUUAAAUGUUUAUAUUUAUUUUGAUUAUCAUUUUAAAGAAGCACUUUACACCCUUUUCACUGAUCACAUGAAUUAAGCCAUCUUAUUUCAAGAGGUGCAGCCAUUCCAAAAAAGAAAUGGUGUGAUGUUUUUUGUUUUUGUGUUUUGUUAAAGGAAAGAGGUAUCUCUGCUGCAAAGUUGAAUCCACUGAAACUUAGGCUAGCGCAACAUUAGUUCUGCCUGUCCAGAAAGUCAAAUCCCCCAGGUUGCCUGUUCUGUUUGUACAAACAACAAAAAACCUGUUGUAAUUCAAAUUCUGACUGCAUUUUAUUUAGCGUAAAUUAGGUUUUGAUAGUGUCCCCGUAUGUAUUUAAAAGUUAUUUUCUAAAUUAAAGUAGAGUUGAUUUUUUACUGUAGUUAAAGCAAUCAGCAAAAUACUACACAAACUAGCUUAGUUUUUCAAUCAGGGUCAGCCUUAUACAUUUUAAAUAUCACAUUCGGCUCUUAGAGAUUUCCUGCAAGUGAUUUAAUAAUAAUAUAAACUGAAAUGAGUUGCCCACCAGUGGUAAAAUUAGAUUUACCAAGAAUGGUUUUAACUAACAGGAGGUCCAAUAUCUGUAUCGUGGUGUUCCAGAGAAUAUUUUUGGUCAAAGGAGACAAAAUGUAGGCGUAUUGGCUAGAAUCUGAAAUGCUUGCUCCAAAAGGGAGUUUAGCUGAAAUUUCCACUAGUACAAGAGCUGUGACAUUGCAUACCCUAACUGUUUAACGCCUAUUGUUAUUUAAAUUUAUUUUAUUAGAAUAAAAGGAAAUGAAUUGAUUAUAUGAAUAAAUACUGAAGAUGGGGAGAAAAAAAAGGAAGGGCUGUUUAAAAUGUUACUUAAGUAGAGGUCAAGAGGGCACUCCCUAUGAAAUGGGUCCUCUUUAAUUAUACAUUUUUAAAACCUCCUGUCCAAGCCAGAAUUGUGAUUACUAUAUAUUUUGCUGUCUCCUGUUUGCUAUUUCUGACCCAAGAAUUUACAAUGAACUUCCACCUUAAUCCCACCAAAAAUGUGCUUUUGUAGAUUCUCCCUUAAUGUUUGAUUAAAGUAAUUUAAAAUGCCUCUGCUUAGUAAAGUAAGAAACAAAUCUUUUCAUUUAUUGUAAAGAUGGCUAUUUGAUAAUAGCCAGGUAACCUCCUCUUUCCAGUCCCCAAGCCAGCAACAGAUUUGCAUUGGCCAUCAGAUUUUGAUUCUUGUUGUGUGAAUGUCUUAAGGAUCUAGUUAAUACAAGGACAUUCUGAGUUUAAAAGCUUUUUUGCAUCAUUAACCAUCCCCCCACCACUACUUUCCUUACCUUAUUCACUCGGGCCAUGCAUAUUUGAAUUGCCCAGUGGUACAGCCAUUUAAAUGAACAGAGCAGCAGGAUGUGUAAUGUUGUAUUGAGCAUCCAUAUGAUUGCCACUUUGUUUGAUGGACAUCUUGCAUUCAUAUAGGCAUGGAAAGGCUAAUCUGCACUUUCCUCUUCUUCCCUAUCCCUUCUUUUGCUCUAUAUAUUGUCUGUUAACUACUGUACCUACUACUUACAUCCUCCAUUAGGCUGCCUUUGUCCUCUUGUAACCCACACAAAAUCAGCAAGACUGUGAGUAGUGCAGUAAGCCACACAGCUGCAGAUGCUGAUGAGUGCAAGAGGACAAGCAGGCCUGGAGAAGUGACAAAGAUUGUUGUGGUUGGAAAAUCAAUGUUGUCCUAAAGCUGCUAACUUUUGUACAGAGGAUGUGGACAUUUAGGUUCUUUUUGAGCCACAUAAGAAACACUGGACCAGUUGAUGGUAAUUUUGCCUGGAGUUACACUACUGUUUUCACCUUAGUUAGACUUGCUGUGACAGCAACAGACCAAUUUUUCUUAUACUCUCAAGUUACUGUACAGUUUGAAAGUGGCCACCUCUCCUUCAUUUUGUUCUGCGUUCAGAUUUUUGCAGCCUGCAUUCACCUUGAAAAUAUGGCCUUUCGGUUUGUGCAGUAUUCAUGUGCCAAAUUUGUGUAAUACCUUUUGCCUUUUAUAUGAAGCUUGUUACAAGCCACAUAUCAGGAAAGGUGGGUUUAUAUCAAAAUCUAGAAAGUAAAACAAAUAAUAAUCCAGGGAGGGGGGCCUUGACACAGGAGACCAAUAGAGAGCGCGGAGGAUUGUCUGAAAUCAGGCAUGCACACACACUCAGCUGUUACGCAGUACUUUGCAAUCCAUAUACCAUAUACUUUUUAGUUCAUGGUCUCUGUGCAAAUAUACUCAGGCUACAGUACAAAUCAUGUAGGCCUUUCACAAGCCUAUUAGGUGGACUGCAUUUAGCACUGUUAUGGUCCUGGUGUGUCAUCGCUGUUGUCCACAGCACUUUAUAGUUUCCUAUUCUGGUGUUUGCUCUUUCAUUACAAACAGUCCCAGGAAAAAGAACUGUUUAAACAUAUCAGCCUAUUUAUAUAAGAAAUAAAUACAUUGGGUGACAGGAGCACUUGGCAAUUUUUGUGAAAUUGACUUUUGUUUUGUUUUUUUUUAAUUUGCGUGAGAUGAGGCAUUUGGUACUAGUCCUUUGAAAUGAGAUCCCAACACCUAUGGUUUGCUUGGCUCAGUCAUGGCAAAAACAUUAAGUAAUAGCCUGUCUCAGUAGCUCUGUUGUAGCUCAUUUGAGAGGAUGAAAGCCUGUUUUUUAAAAAGAUAUUGGCCAUCAGCUCUUGUGGAGUGUAUCUGAGACUGGAAAGUUUCUGGGGAGGUACUAAAUGAUAUAGCAGGGCUGCAGGCUAUAAACAAACAUGUUUCCUAUCCAGUACUUUGUAUGGUUGGGUACUGUGGCAGUUUUUUAACAACUGUCUGUCAAGCCAUAAGCUUCUCAAUUAUGGUUCUCCAUAGCGCAAAGGAAACACUUUUCUCAGAUGACUACUGUUCCCAGCCAAGGCAACAAGGAAAGCAUUCAAAGCUUUGCUGUCCAUUUUGGCCCACUUCUUUCCAUGAGCCCUCAGUUACUCUAAUCCACUAGUGGGGUUUUUAGUUACCAUUUAAGGGGUGGGUUUUGGUUUUGUUUUUAGAAUUUUUAAACAGAAUGUGAAAAUAGCAUUACACUUCAUCAUUUUAAGGGGUGUGUUUUUCAGUAAUGUUUCUGUUGCCAAACACACUGAAAAUAGAUAAGGUGGGGAAUACCAUGUAAUCUUCUUGCCACUUUUGAAAAAUGUUGUUUUGGUUUCAGCAGGGUUUUUUUGUUUUGUUUUUGUUUUAACAUGGAAGUAAUUUUCUUAAAUGAUGCCACCUCCUGGAGCCAAAUGCUAAAGAUCACCAAAUUGGAAGCAGAAGUGCCAUUAAAUGAACUCUGUGAAUGUCAAGUCAAAUUGCACCUGUAGCUAGCACAUAAAGACAACACUUAAGUGUGGGUUGAUCUCCCACACUUUAACUUAAAAAAUAAUAAUCCUCAUUUUAAUUGUAUUGUGUGAAAUGUCUUGGGAAAGGAGUACAGUGUGUUUGUCUAGUGGGUGAGACUUCCCUCCCUCCCCUCAGUUUCCAAUGAAGUUUUAUUAAAGAAUUGUGUUACUGUAUGUUUUGAUCAUGAGUAGUCUGGUGGUGCUUAUUCAUAGCACAAGCUUAAAUCAAGUACUGAAAACAGUCUUACAAGCUAAAUGUCUGCAUGAUGUUACAUCUGUUGUACCUACUGAAAAACUUUGUAUGUAAAUGUACAGAAAUAAAAAGGUGUUGCCCCAUUAGCAUACUUCCUUUUGAAUGUCUUUCUUGCCUUCAGUGUGAUGAGUGUUAAAGCUGUGCU